AUGAAGGUCUACAGAGAUUGUAGAGACCAUCUCUUAGACCGUCGGCCGGACCCUAUCCCUAUAUCUGUUAAGCCCAAAGACCCAGGGGUGGCACACCUAGGCCCCCCACCAAAGCCCACCCACCUACCCGCUGGAGAAGGUGCAGGGGACUCGGAUAACUGGGAACCUUACCAUCCAAAAAACUGGGAGUCUUAUCACACCAAGGAGUUCGAAGAAUGGGAACCUUACCUAGCCCCUGCUCAUCCGCACCCCAGACCUUCAGCACCCGAGACUCUCCCUCAUGCCCACCCGGCCAUGAGACUUCAUUUCGAGAAGGUCUGGCGCUUGGAGAGUGAGCAGCAGCGCUGCCACCAACCCCUCUUGGCCAAGCCACAACUUGGGCCCUUUACCGAGCAUAUCCUCAAUUACCACCAGGAGAAGGACAUCCAAUCGCUCCGCAUCGCCUUCUAUACUGGCACAGAGGAUCCUCUUACCCAUAUCCACUUCUUCCAGUUUGCCCUCAGAUGCAAGGGCCUUAGUGACAAAGGAUGUGCCUCAUCUUCCCUUCAAUUAGUUAUACAGGCUUAA